AUGGCUCCACAAAGCUCUAUAAGGAUUCUUAACCAAAAGCCAUUUAGGAGUUUAAGGGCAAACUACAAAGAAGAUGGAAGACUUUUGGAGCAUGGUUUGUGGGGAUUCUGUUGGUGCAAAGACUGUGGGAAAGCUUUCGUGUUACGAUUUCAAGCUUUUGAAAGAUCCUUCCUAUGUAAACAUGAAGACACUAACAGAGAAGCUAGAGAAGGCCUUUAUGCCCCUUUAAGAGACCAGUUCAAUGGAGUUGAUCCUAAUAGAUAUGUAACCCCAUUUGCAAAUGCUGGAUUCAUUAGCAGGAUAUUGUUUUGGUGGUUGAAUCCACUUAUGAAAAAGGGUGAAGAGAAAACACUCGAGGAUGAGGAUAUCCCAAAGUUGGCAGAGUUGGAUGGAGCAGAAAGUUGUUAUACAUUGUUUGAAGAACAUUUGAACAAACAGAUAGAAAAAGAUCCAUCGUCACCUGUGUCAAUUUUGUGGAUAAUAAUUUUUUGCCAUCAAAAAGAGAUUUGGAUAUCAGGAUUCUUUGCAUUGCUGAAGGUACUGACUGUGUCUUCUGGUCCUGUACUUCUAAAUGCCUUUCUUCUGGUUGCUGAGGGUAAUGAAAGUUUUAAGUAUGAGGGUUAUGUAUUGGUCAUAUCACUUUUCAUUAUAAAGAUCGUAGAGUCCCUAUCACAAAGGCAGUGGUACUUCCGCAGUAGACUUGUUGGGAUGAAAGUUAGGUCACUGCUUACUGCAGCCAUUUAUAAAAAAUUGUUGAGGUUGUCCAAUGUUGGAAGAUUGGCACACUCUGGUGGUGAGAUAAUGAAUUAUGUGACUGUGGAUGCCUAUAGAAUUGGAGAAUUUCCAUUCUGGUUUCACCAAACAUGGACUACAAGUGUCCAACUAUGUAUUGCAUUAGUAAUACUUUUUCGUGCCAUUGGGAUGGCAACAAUCGCUUCAUUGGUGGUGAUAGUUCUCACUGUGUUGUGCAAUACUCCAAUAUCUAAAUUACAACACAAGUUUCAUGGUGAACUUAUGGUGGCACAAGAUGAGAGAUUGAAGGCUACUUCUGAAGCUCUUGUGAAUAUGAAAGUUUUAAAGCUAUAUGCAUGGGAAAAUCACUUUAAAAAUGCUAUAGAAAAGUUAAGAAACAUGGAACUCAAGUUGUUAGCUGCAGUGCAACUAAGAAAGGCAUACAACGUAUUUAUUUUUUGGUCUUCGCCUGUUUUGGUCUCUGCUGCUUCCUUUGGGGUAUGUUACUUCCUUAAAGUUCCUUUGCAUGCAAAUAAUGUUUUCACAUUUGUGGCAGCUUUACGGAUUGUGCAAGAGCCAAUUACAACUAUUCCCGAUGUAAUCGGGGUGGUCAUUCAAGCAAAGGUUGCAUUCACUCGAAUUAUUAAGUUCCUUGAGGCACAAGAAUUACAAACUAAAAGUUUUAGGAAAGAGAGCUUUGUUAACAAUCUGAAUGAUUCAAUUUUGGUCAAACAUGCCGAUAUUUCAUGGGAAGAUAAUGUAUCAAAGCCAACAUUGAGGAACAUAAAUUUGGAGAUUAAACAUGGACAAAAGGUGGCUAUUUGUGGAGAAGUUGGCUCAGGCAAAUCAACCCUCUUAUCAUCGAUUCUUGGAGAAGUUUCUAUUACAAAAGGAACAAUAUACGUUUAUGGGAAGUUCGCUUAUGUUUCUCAAACGGCAUGGAUACAAACAGAUACUGUACGGGAAAAUAUUUUGUUUGGAUCUGAUAUGGAUGAUGAAAGAUAUCAAGAAACACUUCAAAGAUCUUCCCUAGUGAAGGACCUGGAGUUGUUUCCCAACGGUGACCUAACAGAAAUAGGUGAGAGAGGAGUUAACCUAAGUGGAGGUCAGAAGCAGCGAAUUCAACUUGCACGUGCUCUCUAUCAGAAUGCUGAUAUAUAUCUUCUGGAUGAUCCAUUUAGUGCUGUUGAUGCACAUACUGCCACAAAUUUGUUUAAUGACUACAUCAUGGAAGGACUUAAAGAGAAAACUGUCUUACUAGUAACUCAUCAAGUUGACUUCCACCCAGCAUUUGAUUCUGUUUUGUUAAUGUCAAAUGGGGAAAUCCUUGAAGCUGCUCCUUAUCAUCAUCUAUUGAGCUCAAGCAAAGAAUUCCAGAACCUCGUCAAUGCUCACAAGGAGACGGCUGGUUCUAACAAGCUUGUGAAUGUUACUUUUGUCAAGAGACAUCCAACUUCUGAUGGAGAGACUACACAAGCUUGCAUGAAGAAGCAAUUCAACGUAGCAGAAACAAAUAAAUUAAUAAAGCAAGAAGAAAGAGAGAUAGGAGACACUGGAUUGAAGCCUUACAUGCAAUAUCUGAAUCAAAAGAAAUGCUAUAUAUUCUUCUCUGUGGCUGCUCUUUGUCACCUUACAUUUGCAAUUUUGCAAGUAUCGCAAAACUCAUGGAUGGCUACGAAUGUUGAUAAUCCUCGUGUCAGCACGUUGCGGUUAAUUUUAAUGAACACACUUUUUCGUGCACCAAUGUCAUUUUAUGACUCUACACCAGUAGGAAGGAUACUUAGCAGGGUCUCAUCAGAUCUUAGCAUUCUGGAUCUUGACAUUCCAUUUAGCCUCACUUUUGCUAUGGCAGUAACCAUAAAUACUUAUAUAACGCUUACAGUUUUAGCAGUUGUCACUUGGCCAGUCUUGGUUAUCUCAAUACCACUAGUUUAUAUAGCAAUUCGCUUGCAGAGAUACUACUUUGCCUCUGCUAAAGAAGUAAUGCGGAUGAAUGGCACAACAAAAUCCUUUAUAGCUAAUCAUAUUGCUGAAACUGUUGCUGGAGUUGUGACCAUAAGGGCUUUUGAGGAGGAAUAUCGUUAUUUUGCAAAGAAUCUUGAUUUAAUUGACAUCAAUGCUACUCCUUUCUUCCAUAGUUUUGCUUCAAAUGAGUGGUUGAUCCUACGUUUAGAAAUUGUAGCUGCAGUUGUUCUUACCUUCGCAGCACUUUGCAUGGUCUUGUUUCCACCUGGGACUUUUACAUCUGGUGAGAUUCGUGAGGCUGAAGAAGUAAUAGAAACAAAACGCCCUCCAUGUAAUUGGCCAGAUGAAGGUGAAGUAGAAAUAAGUGACUUGCAGGUACGAUACAGGCCUGAUGGACCACUUAUACUCCAUGGAAUUACAUGCACAUUCAAAGCAGGGCACAAGAUUGGAAUUGUUGGAAGGACAGGCGGUGGCAAGUCCACUCUUAUUGGUGCUUUAUUUCGUCUUGUGGAGCCAGCAGGUGGAAGAAUUAUUGUUGAUGGCAUAGACAUAUCUUCUAUUGGCCUUCAUGAUUUGAGAUCACGUUUUGGUGUUAUACCUCAGGAUCCUACCCUUUUUAAUGGGACUGUUAGAUACAAUUUGGACCCUCUAUCUCAACACUCUGAUCAAGAGAUAUGGGAGGUUCUUGGGAAGUGUCAGUUGCGAGAAGUUGUCCAAGAGAAAGAAGAGAGCUUGGACUCCUCUGUUGUUGAAGAUGGAUCAAACUGGAGCAUGGGACAAAGGCAGCUAUUUUGUUUGGGGCGUGCUAUUUUGAGAAGUAGUAAGAUAUUGGUGCUGGAUGAAGCUACAGCUUCAAUUGAUAAUGCAACUGAUUUGAUUCUGCAGAAAACCAUUAGGACUGAAUUUUCUAAUUGUACAGUGAUAACAGUAGCACACAGAAUACCAACAGUGAUGGAUUGCACUAUGGUUCUUUCAAUCAGUGAUGGAAAAUUGGUAGAGUAUGAUGAACCAAAUACCUUGAUGAAGAGAGAAGGGUCGUUGUUCAGACAACUAGUCCAAGAAUAUUGGUCUCAUUUUCAGUCUUCAGAAUCCCAUUGA